AUGGAAGCGAUACACACGGCCAUCGCCGGGACAGACGGGAGAGCCGGAGACCCGAACGGAACCGGAGACCCGAACGGAGCCGGCUUACACAGCCGCGCAAAGCCGCCGCCCGCCGAGCCGCCGGUCCCGACCUGCGCGUCUUCCGCCGCCGCCGUGCGCAACUUCAGCUCCGCCGAGCCGCCGGUUCCGACCUGCGCGUCCUCCGCCGUGCGCAACUUCAGCUCCGCCGAGCCGCCGGUUCCGACCUGCGCGUCCUCCGCCUCCUCCGCCGUGCGCAACUUCAGCUCCGCCGUGCCGCUGUACCGCGGCGGCCCGCUGUCGGCCGGCCACAGCCCGCUCGUCCCCGCCAGGCAGCCGUACGGCCGUGCCGAGGAGCGCAUGAAGUCCGACCCUUCGCCGUGGGGGGACUACGGGAACGUACCCGGGACGCUCAAGGACGCCGCGGUAGAAAGUUCGCAGGGGACGAGCGCAAAACCACCGCCGCCGCCGCCCCCCGGAGCCUGCAAGUUCAUCAAAGACGAGAAGGAGCCCGCGGUGGCGGCGCUGGACGGCCACUGCCCCGGCUUCGACUUGGCGUCGGGGAUGCCCGGCCUUGAGCCCUGCUACGACGCGGAGCCACUUCCGCAGCUGGGCUUCGGCGACGACUCCACGGGCUUCACGUGCGCCCAAAGCUCCCCCAACUUUCCCGCAGAUCCGAACCGGGCGGACCAGCUGGCCGGCGCGCCGCCCUACGCCAGGACGGAUCCCAGAUGCGCUCUAUCCGGCAAGGCCGCCGUCGGGUUCGACGCGAUGAGCGGCCCACACGCUGCCCAGCAGAUGUUGCCGCACAAGGUCGAGCCUUCCCGGUGGUCCAUACAGUCCUCUAACGCGGACCCCCAAAUCUGGUGCCAGCCUGCAGGCGUCCCCGAGGACCCCUUCACACGCGGCGCCUAUGAUGCGCUGCAGAGCUCAGCCCUGGCCCAGAGGAGCCCGCUAGCGUUCAGCGUGUUCCCCGGUAUGCCACCUCAGAGGCUGUGCGUGAUCUGUGGGGACGAGGCAUCCGGCUGUCACUACGGGGUCUUAACCUGUGGUAGCUGUAAGGUCUUCUUUAAAAGGGCAGUGGAAGGCCAUCAUAACUAUCUGUGCGCGGGGAGAAACGACUGUAUUGUGGAUAAGAUUCGGAGGAAAAACUGUCCGGCAUGCCGUCUGCGAAAGUGCUAUCAAGCCGGGAUGAUGCUUGGAGGCAGGAAGCUGAAGCGCUUCGGGGCCCUGAAAGCCUUGGGUAUGGCCUCCUCGCUAAUGUUCCAGUCCCACUUGGCCAUGUCCGGGGACAGCCAGGCCUUGACCUCCGCUGCUUGCAUGUCAGGCAUCCGUGAGAUGCAGUUCUCCCCGCAAAUCAUCAAUAUCCUGGAAAACAUCGAACCGGAGACCGUGUACUCUGGUUAUGACAACAUUCAACCCGAUGUGCCCCAUAUACUGCUAAACAGCCUCAACAGACUGUGCGAGCAGCAGCUGUUGUGGAUCGUCAGGUGGUCCAAGUGUCUGCCAGGCUUUCGUUCCCUACACAUCAACGAUCAGAUGACCCUCAUUCAGUUUUCUUGGAUGAACUUGAUGGUGUUCGCUCUUGGGUGGCGGUCCUUCCAGAAUGUGUCCAGUGAAUACUUGUACUUUGCACCAGAUCUGGUUCUUAGCCAGGAGGAGAUGAGAAGAUCUCCGAUAUAUGACCUGUGCCUGGCUAUGCAGUUUAUCCCACAGGAGCUUACGAAUCUUCAAGUUACGCGUGAGGAGUUCCUCUGCAUGAAAGCCAUUAUUAUACUGAACACAGUGCCGCUCGAGGGCUUGAAGAGCCAGGCUGCGUUUGAUGAGAUGAGGCAAAACUACAUUCGGGAGCUGACCAAGGUCAUCCACAUCAAGGAGAAAGGUGUGGUGGCCAGCUCGCAGCGCUUCUACCACCUAACCAAGUUGAUGGAUUCCAUCCACGAGAUUGUGAAGAAAGUGAGCCUGUACUGCCUGAGCACGUUCAUCCAGGCCGACGCCAUGAAAGUGGAGUUUCCAGGCAUGAUGUCAGAGGUCAUUGCCUCCCAGCUUCCCAAGAUUUUGGCAGGCAUGGUGAAGCCCCUCCUAUUUCACAGCAAGUAAACAGGGCUGCACAGAACGCCUCGUUGGUGGAGAGCACGAUUUUUGUGUGUGUGUGGGGGGGGGGGGGGCGUUUUAAUCCCGUUAUAGGAUUAUUCGUCCCACCCCACCAUUACUGGACUCUUCCCACAGUUUGCGAUUUUUUUUUUUCCUGUGCGUCACAAUAUGUUUCUUUCUU